AGCAUCAAUUUUCAUGUUUGUAUCAAGCAAACCAACCAAACAUCAAGAGAAUGUACUAGCAGAGCAUUAACAUUAACUAGGCUGUCUUUAAUGCCUUUAAUAAUGAAUACAGGUUUAAUGUCUGACAAAAAAUAUGGUAAUUCAUCACUGUGGCGAACAGAGGGGGUAACAAUAUUUCCUCCACAGUCAACUCUAGAUAGCCCAUGUGUGUCCUGAGAAUCCUGAGAUGAUUUUAAGAGUUGUGCUGCCAUCACAUGGCAGCGGAGUGACACUACAACAAACAGUCACUGCAUUACCAACACAAAACAGCUAGCAGUAGCAACAGUCAACUACUUCUACAAAACUCAAAGAUAAGUAUAAAUCUUUAAUCCUCUUUUCCAAUCAUCCAAAAUCCACUCAAAGCCUGUAGUGACUUUGUUUAUAAUGAAAAUCAUUCCCCGUCCUUUAUACCUCUGUUUGGAAUUACAACAAAUAUCAAACAUGUUUUUCAUUGUUGUCACAAAUUCACUCGAGGUUUUGUAAUCUUAAUGUAUAAUCGUGGAUCGGCUGGUAAGAAAUAUUGAGAAUUUACUCAAAAAGGAUUUUGUGUUACUGAAAAGUUUCUUUCUCUAGUUUCCAGAGGCGUCAAACAGCUUCUUCCUGCCCUCCAUACCAGACAUGGCCUCUACGUUCUUGCGCCAGUCAGUCACCUCUUCCUUCUGUUACAACCAUGACAUUAAAAUGGAAAUACAAAAGAGGUUACUAUGCCGAUCUUCAAAUGAUUUAACAGUCACCAAAGCUAAGGCCUGUCUUACCUUCUCCUCUUCCUUCUUGACUGUUUUGAGGUUGGCCUUGAAGUCGAUGGACUCCUUGUGUUUGGAGCCCAGCAGGACGCUGAGCAUGGCUUCAGCUGAGAUCUUCACUCUCUUCAGGGUUGGUUUCUUGAACUUGCUCUGGAUCUCAGUGAUCUUCAGAUUCAUGUUUUCAAUCUACUCAGGAACCACAACAUUAGAAAUUAAUCUAAGUAUAUUCAACACAACGGUUGCAUUACAUUAUCUAUGUGGACAUUGUCAAUGAGUUGUAAAUAGUUGUAACACAUUAUAAAACCUGACCUUGUAAGUCAUGAUAAAAUGCUUUAUAAUGUUUUAUGAUUAUUAUUAUAAAGUAUUUUGAUCAUCUAUGAGUGUUUAUAAUUAUAGUUAUACAGUGCUAUAACGUGAUUAUAACACAUUAUACAUAUAUUUAUAAUGCGUUAUAGACAUAGGGAUCAAAUGAAGUGUUACCGGAAGGAGAGAUGUUGUAAAUUAGUUGCAACCUGCAGCUACACAAUUAAAUACUUCUAAAUAUCAUGCAAAAUAUUGUUUGGUCAAACUAACUCUGAAGUGUUUUUAUUUUUUAAUGGGUAAAAAUACAAUUUAUUAAACUUUUGUACAAUUUUAAAGUGAAGGAAACAAAUGAACACAAGUCUAUAUACACAGAAUCAUAUUACCCGGAUCUUAGCUUCUUUGGGGUAAUUCAAGAUAUUAUGGACUAGAGUCCACAACGUCUAGAGCACUAAAGUACUAUUAAUUAUAAGUCUAACCUCAAUUAAGUUUAAAUGGCAAUGCAAUUAAUUGGUGGCAAAAAUCAGCAGUCAUAAUUUAGCCCUGUGUUUUAUCUUAGUUUAGGCAAGUUCACCAAUGUGACUUGAGACUAAAUAUCCUGAAUGCCACAAAAUAGAGUAAGUCUGUGUGCUCCUGCUUUACUCAAACACUUCCUGUUUUCUCUCAAUCACCAAUUUGGAGUCAUGUUAAACUUAACAUUAACUAUGUGGGAUAUAACAAAUGUCUAUUCAUGGCUCUAUCAUGUGUUGUGAUUCUCACUCCUGCCACUGGGAGGUAGUGUUGGUUAAAUUUUCAGCUUGUUAUGUUGUUUUUAUUGUCUUCAUAGAACAAAUACUAGAAACAGGAACGUAUAGACAUGCAUCUAUUGAUUACCAUAUUGAUUUUCAAGCAGCUCACCUCUGUGACAUUUAUGUUCACCUUGAGGCCGAUAUCAUACCGCUCUUCAUCGACUACAUCAAUCUUGUGAUGCAAGUCUUUGCAAAGAUCCUUGGGAAGAGUAAAAGUCAUGCUUCAGUGGUAUACUAAUGUAGGAGAAAAAUGGGAAAAGGGAUAGAAAGAGAUAGACAAAACAUGAUUACAAAGUGAUUUACCAUCAGCUCCUGCACUGAGAGGCCGGACAGAUUUAGGGGAGGAACUCUUUCUGCAAGAGCAGCUUCUCUAUCCUGUAUCUUCUGCUCCUUUUCCUGCUGCAGCAUCUGAGCAGCCGUUGCCAACAGUCUAAUCUAAGAAAAAAAUAGAUAAAAAUAAGCACAUAUGAAAACGUAAAAUUCCCAGGGCAAAAAGGAAAAAGGUUUUUACAAAUUCCACAAAUGAUACUCAAUUUAUAGGGAGAACUGAAACAUGAUGAUGAAACAACCUUUAAAGUGUAUUCAUCCACAGAAAUACCACAAUGUAAACUAUGUGUUUAAAACAACAGGCAGCACAAGCAAUUCAUGUUUCAGGGAAUUUUCAUACUGCUUAAACGUUUUAGCUAAUCUAGUUUUGGCUGUUGAUUAGUAUGCAUGAUUAUAUGCAAUAUAAGUAGGUGUUGAUAAACAAAGAAAGUCUCAAAUGAAGAGAAAAUUUACCUUCAACCCCAGUCGUCGAGAGGAUGAGAUUUUACAUUUUUUCUAUAAUAAAUAAAUGACAUUCAUUCAGUCUGUACUCCAAAUACUAUCACAUUUACUCACAUUAUCUCUUGGCCUUAAUGGACAAAUGUGGGAUUUAAAAUAUUGAAUUAUUAGUAAAAUGUCGUAAGAUAGAUACUCACAGGUCUGUUUGAGCAAUAACAAGAAGGAGAUAACACAUGUCAGCGCAUUCACAUACAGACCACCAAAAACUGGCUAAACAAAAAGCUUUUAGUCAUCCUAUAAGGACAUUAAAAGAAACCAUAAGUGAUGAUACUCACAGCUCAGCCAUUGUUGUGUCAAAUCCUUUCACUAGAAUUUUCAAAGUGGAGAAAAGCAUGAAGUCUUUUUGCAAGAAAUACAUGAUCUUGUGAAAACUGAAGUUAUAUAGUACAUUAAAUAACCAGCAAAGCUCAUUUCCUUAAUUGAAACCCCCUCUACAAGUAAAGCUGUACACAGGAGAAGAUGAACGAUCCCUCUAACCUCUCAAGUAUUUCACUCACUCCAAACACUCAUUGGCCCUUUAAAGCAAGGUGCACACAGUUAUUUAUCGCUCACUCAGUUGUUACAGCGAUGCGAUUUAAAGCAGAGGAAGAUACUCAUUGUACCAGACAAGUAAUUCUGUUGUAAUUUACACUUACUAGUAGCAAUAUAAAUCACAUUAUAGAGGGUUAUUUUUCUUAAUUAUUUAUAAUCAAAAUUAUGAAUGUUAAAAAAUACAUUUCCACUGUUAAAAGUAAUUAAAAAUCAGUAGCACAUUACCUUAAGAAGCAAUUAUAUCACAUGUAAAGUGUCAAAGUAUGGAGUCCGUGCAUGUGUUAACAUAACUGACAAGAGUCUCUGCAUAGGCGACAGAAAAAGUGAAUGGCCAGAUAAUCCGCAGGCAUGUAGGAUGACCACUUUCAACUUGAUGUUUAAGUUAACCACAACAAAAUCAGAAUUAAACAACACAGUAAUGACAAGGCAGAUUAAGAAGGACUCAACAUACAGUAUUUUUGUAAAUCAUAGUACUCUAAUAAUAACCCCAUGUUGAUAGACUGUCACAUACGCACUACAUUAGAUUUGACCCAAACACAAGUUACAGAAUAAGAGCAUCUCUGUACCUGAGCGGCUCCUUAUGCUGCACCUUAAAAACAGAAGAAAAGAGUGUCUGCUCGUGGCAGCAAUCAGCUUUCUGAGAGACGAUGGAGAAUUAUCAGAUUUAUAGUAUGAGUGCCAAACGUGAAUGGCUCACUGAAAUAGACUCCUGUCUGUGCUACUGCUAGUGUCAGCCUGUCAGCAGUGGCAUUUACUGUUGCACAUAGCAUCACAGCAAUAUUCAGAUGGGAAAAGGGGGCAAUAAAACUUCACUUAUGGGCUCAAACGUUUGGGUAUCUUGUGCGGUUUCAAUAACACCUGUCGGGGGAAGUGACAGCGAGCAUUUAAAGAGGUGACCACAUUAAUGCUGGGUCAUUGCCACGCAUUCGCAUUUGACGAGCUCAUUGGAGUUCAGAUAAAGCUGUCAAAGAGGCAAACAGUAGGAAGAAAUCUGCAUAGCGUAUUAACUUGUUCUGCACCUUUAUUUAUAGAACAAACAACACGGCCUGCGUGGGAAUCUGGACCAUCUUAAGAUGUCCAUCUAUAGACAUCAACAAGAGAGACUGAAAAGGGUCUGAUACCAAUUCCCAUAGCUGUGUUUCACCUGUUUGGUUUUAGGUGAAAAUAAUCUCACUGCAGUUAACAAAUUCAUCCUUACUGAUUUAAAAUGAGAGGUAACUGAAAAUUAGUAACGAAUCUUUUUAUGACAGUAAAAGUUUCCCAAAUGGCAAGGGUGUUGUUAUUGUUGUCCUCAAGUUGGAGAUGAGUUCUAGCUUAAUGAUGCACCUUUUGCACAAAUAAUGUCAGUGCAGUUUUUCUGUUCAGCCCAAAAGUCACAUUACACUACUGUUUGAUGUGUGUAAUGAUAAACUAUUGCAACCUUAUAAGACGUUAUACGACCACCUCUGGAGUAGGAACAGAGCAUAAAGUUACUCUGUCUUAAUUUAGGUGAGUAGAGGAAAAAGGACAGGUGCUGUUCCAGGCUUGAUGGUUGUAAACCGAGCCAGCCAGAGUUAAAUCUGCGUCAUUGUUGUAAUAGGGAGUCAAAUGUUCGGUCCCUCAAAGGGCUGCGACUCAUGCCCUCACGUAAAGAUAGGUAGGCAGUGGAUGAUUAAACAAGAAUAGUAGCCUUCAAACCUGAGGUCAAACACUAUUCUCAGGUCACCCAAAGUUGCUUUAAGAGAGAAAGACAUUUUUUACUACUCAUCGAUGAAGAUAGAUAAGGAAAAAACUGGUUAAAAUAAUGAAGAAGACUUUCUUUUACAUAUCGAUGGAGGUCUGUGAAAAUAGUGGAUCCUACAUUUAUCAAAAAAGGCUUCUUGUAUUCAUACAAUGUAGGUAUGAUCAGAGAAAUCAGUAAUAACUCCAGCACACAACCUGUCGAGCUGAUAGAGAGGACGAUAGAGUGGAGUCAGAAUGACUAGAUGCUACCCAGACAAAACGAUUUUAUACUAACGCCCCUGUUGUGGUUUAUGAGUGGGAAAUUCAGUGGCUUUGGCAAUAAGCAAACUACAGCAAGGUUACAUUCCCCAGCUUCCAACUUGUCGGAUUUUGGCAUGGUGUUUUUAAAUGUUCCUGACAACCUUGGAUAUCCUCGUUUAACCACCUACUAAAAAGUAGUAAAUAAAAUUAAUACUACAACUUGCCUUUAAAAGGACUCAUGGAAGCUAAGGGGGUGUUAAAUGAAGUGUUUUUUCAUCUUAAAUCAAAAUGUUUAGUAUUUAAAUCUCUGUUUUGUGUUAAUUGCAGAUCUCACCCAUUCAUAAAGCAUUCACUGGCUUUAAAACUAGAGGUGCAAAAAACGUAAUUGUUGCCUGAACCUGCUCAAAGAGAUCUGACACCUCUAAGGGUCUAAGAAGAAAUGUGAUUUAUUAUUAGGAUUAGUACUGCGAAGAAUAUUUCAUUAUGACAUUCGUUGCUCUGCUUACUUUUUUUUCACUGAUCCAUAAUUUUGUUAAGCAAAUGUUAAAAUUUCAGGGGCCCCUCUUGUUUUGUCCCAACUCACAGAAAUGUAUCAACAUUAAUAAGAACAAACAAAAGGAGUAGCAGCAGGAUCUUUGUCAAUCAGAGGCAUUUAUUAUCAUGACAAACAGCAGUCUUUUACAAAGGUUUCAAGAUUAAGACAGAGAUUUCAGGUGAAUGUCUGUUUGAUGAAUGUGUAGACUAUCAAAAAAUAAGUUUAAAAACUGAAGUUUUUAAGCGUCAACACCACAAAAUGGCAGCAUUUACACCCCAAACCCCCCAGCCCUCUUCUUUUGAGUAUAGUUUUUGUUCUUUGUAAGUCUACAGCAGACUCUAAAGAAAUAGUGUCACUGUCUUUUGUGGGCAGUGAUAUGAACUUUAUAGUCCUCUCUUUUUUUAAACAGUUAAACUGAAUUUUAGCUAAAAUGUCCAUAGAUGUGGAGCCUACUGUCCAGCAUUAAACAGCUUCUUUCUGCCCUCCAUACCAGACAUGGCCUCCACGUUUUUACGCCAGUCAGUCACCUCCUCUUUCUGUUUAUAAGAAGAAAAUCAUUCUCAGUGAAACUGUACUUAAAAUUAUACAAAUAACAAUACCAUUUCAUUAUCAUCAUAACAUGUUUAAAGCCUGAGUUUAGAACCAAGUAGCCAGGCUGGUCUGACUUAAUCUUGAAAUCCUUUGAAAUCAGGGUAAAUAAAACUUCAACCAAGUCUAAAUAGUGUUAUCGCAGCUCCGCUUACCUUCUCCUCCUCCUUCUUCACAGUCUUAAGGUUGGCCUUAAAGUCCACGGACUCUUUGACCUUAGUACCCAGGAGAGCACCCAACAUGGCAUCAGCAGAGAUCUUCACUCUCUUCAGAGCAGGCCGCUUCAUCUUACCCUUCAGCUCGAUGAUCUUCUGAGACAGGUUUUCAAUCUGUGGGACACAUUUCCACAUUUAAUCACUGUAUAACUUUUGAAAAAUAUAAGUUUUAAAUUGAUUAAUUUAUCCAGACAAAGCAUUAAGCUGUUUACUUUUGAUACUUUGAAAAUAUGUAGUGCUGCUUUUUGCAAAACAUCCAGAGAAAUGUAUGAGUGAUGAUGAAAAAGGUCAGUGACUAAGUUAAAAAGCUGAAAGGGAAUUAAAUUCUCUCAAAUUCAGUCAAUUUUUUUUACCUCUUUGUCAUUUUUGGAGACUUUAGCAUCAAUGUCGUAGCGUUCUUCAUCGACAAUAUCAAUCUUAUGGUGCAGUUCUUUACACAGGGACUGCAGACAGACAGACAGAGUCACGUUACAGUUGAUGAACUGAUGACAGAGAAUCCUGACAUCCUCUGGCUUGUUACAGAGCAGCACAUCUCAAUCUUAAGACUUCAUCCCUUCGUAGAGAUGCAACACUCAUUAAUUGGGAAACUGAAACAUGAAGAGUCCUUUGACUUGUGUCACUAUAGUGAAGCUACAAACAGAGUAUAAAAUGUAGAAAAUGCUGCCCCUCUCCACUAAAGCUUCUCCUGCAAAUGAACAUGCUGUAAGAAUGGCAUCUGGCUGUGUGUAUCACAGAGAGAGGCUAUCAUAUGACGAAUUUCAAUAAUGUUGUUACAUUGGUGGUGGUAGUUGCUGAUACAGUGACCUGCACAUACCUGCAGAUCCUGCAGGGACAAACCAGACAGCUGAAGUGGAGGAAGUCUCUCAUUCAGAGCAGUCGCUCUCUCCCUCUUUUUCUCCUCCUUCUCCUUCUCCCACAUCACUGUUGCCAUUUUCAGCAGCUUGGUCUGACAUAUAUGAAAACAUAGAACGAUUAACUUUGUAGCACAGAAUCUGUAUUGCUCACUUGUGUGUGGACUCUUGCCAUUUUUUCUGUGUCUAAUUAUUGAAUGAAAACUGAAGAAAACAACCUUGAGAGCCAAUCUGCGAGAUGCAGUGAUCUUUGAUUUUCUCUGCAAGAAAGGGAAGUAUGAAACAGUAAUUUAUACAACAAUCAAACGAAAUGUAAAACAUAACUUAAAAAACAAAAAAUGACAAUACUUAAACUGGAACAACUUACCCCUCUGUUGUAGAAAAUAUGAGGAUGAAAGGACAAUAAACCAUAGAAGUUAGAAUAAGCAUGAGAAAGUUUUUAAUAUCUAUAGUUUAAUGAAAAAUCAAAAAGCAUUAUUGAUUAAAAAAUAGAACUUACCCUUCAGACAUGGUCGGCUUUUUUUCUGUAAAAAUAAAGUUAUUAAAAUCUAAAUCAGAUUUUCAUCUGUGGCCGUUCCAGUAGAAGACACAAGCAUCAGCUUUGAGUAUUUUUACUGUAUAAAAUAGUUAAACAGCACUAAACUCAGCGCAUAUCUAAAACUAAUAGAUCUGAUUCUGAAAUUAACGCCCAGUAUCUACUUCUCACAUUAAUGUUAGGCAUCCACUCCAUGGUACAUCAACAUACAAGCAAUAAACCUUUGAAUUAGCAGCUCCACACGCUUGACUGCUUCAGAUAUUUCCAAUGAAUUUCUUUCUUAAUAUUUGAUAUCUAUUUAAUAAUAUUAUGAUAUCAGUCCAUUUUUUAAGGCAAAAUGAAGAUCAAGAACCAGUUUUUUUCUCAUAGGAAAAACCAGACUAACAUAUGUAGGUUUGAUUAAUUAAUCAAACAAAGUCAUUGUGUUCUCCACAACAGAAAAUGACUAAAAUGCACAUUAAUUAAGUUAUAUUUUAUAAUGGUUACACUCAAUGGACACUCUUCCUAGAGGUUCUUUAACAAUCACUGCAGGCUUGUCUUUAUUCACUAAAUACAGAGAUACACUUGAGUUAACUUGGCAUUUUUUCAGUUCUUAUAUUUGGUCAUACUGAACAAAAUCUUACAUCUAAAGUAAAAGUGCAUGUCUAAGUCCAUCUAAUUAAGCUUCUACUGUCCUGAAACUAAUUCUAGAUAGCUCACAUUGUUAAAACUUUGCUCUAUAUCAUCUUGAGAAAAAACAACAUACCUUUUUUAUGUCUCAGAAGAAAACCUGCUGAGGUGAGAAGCAGCUGUCUUUAAAUGACAGGUAGAAAACCCCCAAGUCAAACUUAAUGGCUCCUCUUGUCUUCUGUGAGUGGCCAACUAAAAUAGUCUCCUCUGUCCUGAGCCAGCAUGCUGUUUGCUUCUUAACUUCUACAACUUCAGCCUCAACACCAGGUUCACCAGUUUGUUUCUGCUGAUAAACUCUCUGAGUACAGGGUGUUGGGAAUCAAAUUUUUAAGGUGAACUUUACAAUUGAACAGAUCUAAAAUAGUUUUGAAAUCUGGAGAUCUGAAGAAACUGAAGAAGUCAAACAGAAAGGUUGUCUUGGUUGUUUAAUCAUCAGCAUGUGUAUUACAGAUAGUGUGACAGUGCCAUCAUCUGUAUAAUGCAAAUACUGCACUUUAAAGCACAUGGAGCCCAUGAGCCUUUUCUUCAGCACAAAAUCACUAAAUAGGAAUACUGUGAACUACAGUGUAUGUCAAUGCACUCAUACUGACAUUGGUGUUUUCUUAAUACUAGUUUACAUGAAACCAAGAUAAUAAAAAUUAUGUUACUUGAGUGUAAUCUGAAAAGAUGCAUUCGACUGGAUCUUUUAAAGGCGCCUGUGGUUGACAUCAAUCUUUACAAAACCAGUUUUAUUCCAUGUCUUGAAUUCUGAAAAUGAGAUAAACAAAAGGGAUAGAAUUGGAAUUGAAACACAAGCUGAACUUGUUGUUUGUGGUUAAGAGAAACUUGGUUAGUACUUGAGCUGGUAUGAAAACCCUGAUAAAAUAUUGGUUUUGCAGGAAGUAAAUGGAUUUUGGAUUUAUUCCUCAAGAUACUAUUAUUCCCAAUCUGCAGAAAAUGAUAACUGUUAAAGAAGCUUUUUGAUCUGCUUUCUGUCUGUCAAUGUCUCUUGCUCUUAAAUGUGUGCAUCUAUAGUUUCACCUUCUUAUUGUCCGGCAUUAAACAGCUUCUUUCGUCCUUCCAUACCAGACAAGGCCUCCACGUUCUUACGCCAAUCAGUCACUUCUUCCCUCUGCAGAAGAGAUCAGAUAUGAACUGGUUUUCAACGGCAGGCUCUUCAUUUGUAAAAGUUCAUCCAUAGCAACAACUUUACCUUUUCCUCCUCCUUCUUCACUGUCUUUAGGUUGACUUUAAAGUCAGGCUUCAUAAGUUUAGAGUUGUCGGUGCACGCGCCAAGCAUGUCAUCUGUUGUUUUCUUCACCCUCUUCAAGCUGGGUCUCCUCGCCCCCUUCAGCUCAUAGAUCUUUGCAUUCAGGCUCUGGAUCUGUGCCGCAAAACAUCACAAAAACUGCAGCAUCCUGAUCAACAAAUAAAUGCAUAAAAAAUUGUAUUUUCUCAGUUUAACUUUACCUCUUUUUCAUUCCUGCCGACUUUAACCUCCAUAUCAUAACGGGCCUCAUCCACGACAUCAAUCUUCUGAUGAAGGUCUUUGCAAAGAUCCUGUCCAGAAAAUCAGAACUGUGAAGAUGGCCUGAGGGGGAUACCAAAGGACUGAAACAGCAUGAUCAGGUGUGUGAGUACCUGGAGCUCCUGGACUGAGAGGCCUGACAGCUUCAGCGGAGGGUAGGACUCAUUUACGACUCUUUCUUUCUCCCGUUUCUUCUCCUCAUUUUCAGCCACCAGCAUAGACGCUGCCUUCUUGAGCAGCUUCGACUGAAAGAUAGUAAGGUGAUAAUUAGUGCGGAUGAAAAGUAAAGCUGCCCUGGAUCAUGUAGCAUACUGUUAAUCCUGUUCAUACAUUGACUGAAGGUUUGUAAUCCCUACCUUCAAUUGUAGCCGUCGUGUUGCUGAGUAUUUUUGCUUUCUCUGUAAGAAAGAUAAAGCACUUGAUACAUCAAAUAAGGUCAUUUUUGAGCCCAAUCAGAAUGUCUUUUUAGGCUUAAUAAGUAUAUAUAUAUGUAUAUAUUUUUGACUCAGUACUCAAAGCCAUUUUAAUAAUUUAAGGGAAUCAUUUUGACUCACCGGUCUUCAUCAUCAUGUGAGAAGAAAAGCAGACAAAGACACAUUUUCGUUAUUUAAAAUUCAAGUAGCAUUCGACAUGUCUCUCUUUAGAUGCAGGUACUCACCCCUCAGACAUGCCUGCAGCUUACAGUACCUUUGGAGCAAAAAACAAAGCUUUUUUUAUUCAUUUCUACUCCAAUGCAUGUGAUUAUUUUACAUAUAAGAGUGGUUGUCUUGACCUUGUAUCAUUUUUCAGUCUCAGUAGGUUUUCUUUCCCAUGUUUCAUAUGUUUGGGUAAUCCAUCAAGUUAAAAGUUUUAUUGACUAAGUUAGUUUUAUUGUCCUCAUGGGCUCUCGGAUAAAUUUUGAGUAUCCCUCCAGGACCAGAUUGUUACAAAGGGUCUGAUCAUGAGCCUGUAUCACAUCUAUAUUUAGCCACAUCGCCUUCUUGCUCCACUCUGUCACUGCAGCUGCUGAAGGCUGAAUGAUGCCAGAGAACGCCAAACCGCAGAUUUGGCAGCCAAGAGAGGAACAACACAAAAACCUGUAGAGACUGUAACACUGAUUUUAAAAGAAUACUCUCAGCCAUUGCCACUUAAAACAGAGCAGAUUAUUGAUAUUUUCAGAUUUGUGAACUGUGUUUAAUUAUGUUUCAAGCCAAAAGUGAGUUUAAAGUCUAAAGUGAAAACCAUCAUUUUCUCUUUUAUCAUCCCAUUCUCCUUGAGGCCUGCUUCUUAAGAUUUCCUUUAUGCCUGUUUCACUCCGUUUUUUUAAUUCAAAAAUAGCAUAACUAUUAAAUUAAUAAUUGUAGGCAUGAGAGACCUAUGUGGCAUGUCUAUGCUUCUGACACAUGUGUGAAAUACAUCCUGUUUAAAUUAAGCCAUCCUGACAGGGUGCGAAAGUCAAGACAAACAAGUAAAGUAGCAGACAAUUUUAGGAAGCCUGCAGCCAUACCCCUCUAGCCACGGGGUUGCCGGUUCAUACGAGCAAGCCUUCAUCACUUAUCACACCAGCUUUUCGUCCACGACGAUGGGUCAAACGUGCUGUUACCCUUCGCCAAUACUUUGGCAGGCCCUGUAAUCCUCAGGUUACAUUUCCUCACUUAGAGGAUCAAGAGAUCAUCAAGGAGUCAACCCUGGACAGCCACGUUCGAAAGGCUACUUGAAGACCUUGACAAAAGUAGCGGCAUAGCAGAGAUUCCCUCACAUAAAUACCAGCCAUGUCAGGGGCAUGCUGAAAUGCUGUCUUCAAUACUUCCUACCAUAAAACCGGACUCAUCUUUAUCAUGACAAACACAGAGACAGGCAGUAAGUUAGCUGGGCUGCUUUCCCAGUCCUCUGCCCUGUUAGGUUAAAGAGCCCAUUCUAAUGUCUAUAAUUAACCCGAUAGUCUUAAAUUAGGCUUAAAGUGAUUAUUUGAUAUGAAUCUUACCUUUAAGGUGAGAGGAAAACAGCGAGGGAAGAAACAGUGGGGAGUCGGGAAAAGAAAAAGCACUAUAUGGUUAUUAGUGAAAGAUUUAUGUAUUCAAAGUCUCAUGUGAAUGGCUAACUAAAAUAGACCCCUUGUCCACCUGACAAUUCCUGCAUCACAAUGUAACCCGUUUUGAUUUGCCCUCAACCCAUGACCCAUUUGUUUCAUGUGAUAGCAUUGCACAAGAGCACACUUCACUCAUACCUCACCUAAGUGACAGCUGAUUGUUCCUUUCUGCAGAUAUCAACUGACCCCGGCCGCUUUGCUUUUUCAUUUUGUCUCAUGAGGUGUGCUGGCAUAGUCUGACAUGAGACGUCAGUGCUUUAAAAUCUUCAUAUUUAGUAUUUCAACAUAAUUACGAAUAUUUUUGAUUCCAUUUCUACCAAGUCUGAUCUGCUUAAUGCUGUUAGAUACCACACACUGUACCUUUAAUCUUAUCAUAGUCACAUAUUUAUCUUGCUGAAAUUUGCAGAAAAUGAAUCCAUAAUUCCAUUUAUAGUACCUGGAUGUGUUGAUAUUAAACGAUGGAAUAGAAAUACAACAGAGAACAAGCCUUCAGCUGAUAAAAACAAAUCUAAAAACAUAAAAAAAAAAAACAUGUAGACGGACAGAGUAGCUUGUAUGAUGAGGAGUUGUUUUGUUGUCAUAUCUUGUAACUGAUUACAGCAACAUUAUCGUGGGUCAUACCGUGCCAAAAAGAAUCAUUUAUUUGGUUUUAAGGUAGACCUUAAACACAUUAUGGUAUCUAAACAAAAUAAAAGAAUCUAUAACAAGUCAGAUCAAGGCGCCACCAUGACUUCUGCACCCUGAUACGUCGAGGCACCGCUCUCAUACAGAGCAGACGUCAAACACAACCUCUACAGUCUAUUCUGGUCAGAUUUCUGCCGCACAUGACUGUCUGACUGCCUGUGUCCCUCUUGGUGUUUUGUAAAGUGAUACAGCUGAGCUCAGUGUCCACUAAGAUACACAGUAAAGCGGAGACAAAGCAAUAGGAAUUAACACAUAGCAAUGGCUACUACUUUGUGCUCCAGUUUCAGUCCCUGGUAACCAAGCAGGUUUAAUGCUGAUAAUCCUGAGUUGCUCAUGGGCUUCAAGUGUUGAUCCUCCGCUGAGAUGUUUUUGUUAUCUGUGUUUUUAGUUGCCCGGGUGCUUUGUGAGGUCAGGCUGGGUAUUAGUUUAAGUGGAGUCCUUGUGACCUUUGGAGGUUUUAAAAUCAGAAAAUAUCCUAAUUCCUGAGAAUCUAACUGCUCUUCAUCUUAAUUCCAUCUUUUUAUUGUCGCAUAAGGCCAAAAUACCCAACAACUUAACAACUGAAAUAUUUAUAGGGGUCAAAUUUCCUGGAAGCAUUUCAUGCUUAACAUUUUCUAGCAAACGAAAUCUACUUUACUGGAACUGUACCACUUAGAAACAUGGACACUGCUGCCCCCAUGUGACCGUUAGCUGUCAUACCUGCAGCUGGCACUCAUUUACAUACUGCAUUUAUGCUACUAUGGUAAUGCAUAAUUCUGUACAAACCUGCAGGCAAAGCAUGCUGUAUUUUUAAUGUGUUUGAAGAGAAUAGAAACUUCUAACCACAUGAGACAAAAACAGAACAUUGUCUUUAUCUGUAUUCAGCUGAGAGAGCCUGAUAAAGAUGAAACAUAUCACAUGUUCUCAAAAACUGUUCAGCAAUCUUCCUGUGCAGAGUUGAUUAUUUUGCUGUUAUAACCUGAUGUUUUUGAAAGCUUUCACACCAGUGUUGUGUAAGUUAAACCAGAAUUAUUCAUGUGCUCUUUUUUUUGUUUGUGUGCAACCUCAGGACUUGGACGUUCGUCUUCUCUCGGGACUUUGGAUUUACGUCUGGACUGGAAUCUACCAGUGAUGAUUUACUUUGUGUUGGUAAAGAGAGAUUUUUAUAAUCUGCUUUUUAAAAUCCACUCACUGAAGCUUACUUUUGUCACUUUUAUUUUUUUCAGGAUCUUAACAACUGCAAAAUAAGUAUGUAUUUAUCUUUGCAUUUCUCACUUAAAACAGUACAAUAGGAGAUUCAUUUUUACAUACUGUAAGGAUUUUUGAGGAAAUAUAUAUUCUCAGCUCUAACAUAUAUGCACACUGUUUGUCAAAUUUCAGAGAACUGCUCAGAGGAGCUCACGACAGUACCAAGUAAAAGAAGCUCCUACUGGCCAAGAAUGGAGUUCUGAUCAUGAAGGAGUUUGUAUGGACAAUCAUGGUCCUGUCUCUGUUAUAAAGGUGGCAUUGGAGUUUAAGGGAGGUGAUGAUUAAUGCUAAAGUCUGCUGCUCUGUGAUCCUUCAAGAAAAUAAGAGCAAAAAUUUGAAUUUCAAAGUACACCUGUGUUUGUUGUUUCACACAUAUUUUCAUGCAUCAAGAGUAACUAAGCGGUCCACCAAACAGUCACGUAUCACUGUUUGAGUUGAAAACUCAUUAGAGGGAAAUUUCAUAUUCAAAUGAAUCAUUUUCUCCCGUGAGACACAGUAAGUCUAUUUAGACUUAGUGGAUCAGAGAUGAAGAUCCUGGAUCAAAGUACAAAUCAAAGCUUGUGUGUCCUGUUUUGUUUUAAGAUCAACCAAGUGCAAACUCCAGGCUACAAGAGGGUGAGAAAGUGCCCUGUGUGUUUUUAUUGUGUUUUAUUGUUUUAUAUGUGUGUUUAUUGAAAUAUCAGAAGAAUGACACAAGAAUCCAACAGUCACUUCUAUGUCUGCAAAAUGAUAAAUGUUUUUAAUGUAUUAUCCCUGAAACGCAUUACAAGGGCCUCAGACUUUCAAAAGUCCUAACCUCCUGGUUAGAACCACUUUCAUCAUAACAUUUUAAAUCCCUCUCUGUAUUUCUGUAAGUAUUUAGCUAAUCCUUUGUUCCUUUUCCAUCCGAUUUCUUUUCAGAUUAUCAGACAUGGACUUUAUAGCCGACAUAAAGGCUGCCAUUCGGCUGUUUGGUUUUGGAGUUUUUCUUGCUUUUAUAAUUUGGAGGACGUCUCGUAAAGGUUUGCUUCCUUAAAAUUGGUGAUUCAUGAUCAGUAAAUUGUCAACUGAAUUUGUGAGUUAUCAAUUAAACUCCUGUGAACACAUCUUCACCUGCUGCUGGAGAACAACCAGAAGUUUUUCAAGUUCAGAAGACAAAAAGAGUCCUCGUCCUCUACUCCCCAGACCACCCUUAAUAAAGAGACGUUGUUUUCAAGCUUUGUGGCUUCCUAGUGACCAAAUGUGGCACUGAAGUAGUUCUGGAUCUGCUAGACUCCACAAGGCUAGGAGUGCUGGGAAACAUCCAGUGGCUGAACUGGAUCAGAACACAGAUAGAAAAGUCUUCAGCCCCAGUGGAGACAGAUUUUUCUGAGUCAGACAUUCAGUCCAGCCCUCAGCCUCAUGGUCCCCCAUUUCAUCCACUCUGCAUCACUUGGACAGUAUAUUUUGGUGUAUUUUGAUGACGUCUGCUCUGGGGAAGAUGUUUCUUUGCUUUUUCAUGUUACAGUACGAAUUAAGCCGCUGAAACAGUUUGAGGAGCUUGUCUUCUGGAUCCUGGAUGCUAAGAAGUACAAAUCAGGUCGAGUCAAUCUUAUUGAAGGACUGUUAGAAGGAGAGUACCACCUCUGCAGGAGGCCAUAGAGGCUUUUCAAGCAUACCAGCUGGAGCAUCCACGCUGGUUUGAAGAGAGGUUACUGAAAAAAUCUGAACUGGAGGUGGAAGCUACAAACUCAUCCACAACCUGGAGUCCAAGUUUUGAAUUUGACUCAACCCCAGACAUCAGCAGCUUAAGGAUACAAGCGAAUAACGAGACUGUAAAUAGACGUUGUAUCAGUGAAGAGUGUCACUUGAACUUAAAUUAACAUCCUCAAGUAUUCCAGUGUCUGAAACUAUCAAAAUCCAUCCCACACAGCCACUUUCCACAAAAACGUAAAUGUCAAUAGCUUGUCCUGUUUGCACUAGGGUAGCCUCUGUGGAGCCUCUUAUGUUCUGUUUCUGCUAAAAUCUGCAUAACAUGUCACACUGUCCAUAAUAGCUGAUCUGCGAUUGUGCCAAAUCCAUGUUAAUUUGCACAUGAAAAAAUGUAGACUUAAAAGUAUGGUUUCCUAAUGAUUAACUUCUUUUAUUGUACCUUCUUGUCUUCAGCAGAGAACACAAUGAUGACAGCUUUAGUUAUUCUGCAUCUGUUCAGCAGUAUUUUGCGUUAAAUGUGAAUAUCUCAUCACUAUUGCUUCCCACUGAAGGUGAUACUAGUGGUGAAUCACCUCCAGUGGUGAUUCCAGAGUAGGUACAGCCUCACAGAUCUGUGCUUGAUGCUUUUAGGCUGUGUAAACAGUGGUGGGGUCAAAGUUCAUCCCCCAGGGCAAAGUUUAUAGCAUUUCUGUUGCAGUGGAAGAAGGUAAGAACCAAACACUAGAGGUAAACAGACUUUUGAAUAACCUUUUUAAAUGUAUGUUCAAAGUGCUUUUUGAAAUGCAUGUUUUAAAUAAACAUUCAGCCUGUCUUCGACAACACAGAGCAUGCUUUUCUAACAUUAAGUUAAGGUUAACUCAUGUAUGAAGAUGCAGGACUUGGGUAUGUGCCGAUGUGUGUUUGAUUCACCCACUGAAGACAGAGAGCUCAGUCUUAGCAAAGAAUCAGAACUUUCACACUUUUUGUCACAGGUAAGUCACUCACAUGUGAUCUACUUUCUGAGGUCAGUGCAUAAAUUUAGUGAAGAGGGGAAAGACUCCAAACAGCUCAGGAAUGUGGCUGUCAGUUCCAGAGAGUGGCCCCAAAAACAGGGGGAGGGGGAUGGGAACAAACUGAUCUGGGGCAAAGAAAAUCCUCACAAUGGCUGAGCUGGACGUCUGCCUUGCUUGCAGUGACUGAGAACACACUGCAGGGUGUGAUGAUACCAGGGAGCCUCUUUGGUUUGAACUUCAAGAAGCUGAGGUAAUGUUGUUCAGUGUUGUGAUUUUGACAAGGACAUCAUGUCUAUGUUACAUCCUUCUUAAAGGUUAGUCUGAGAUUUAAUAAGAUGUGCUGUUCAUCAUGAAGCAUUUCUACCAAAUACAGAGGUCUGCAGAGGAGGGAUUUAGGGAAAAGUCUUUCAGUGUGAAAUUUCUAAAUGAAAUUUGUUAAACAAGGGUGUAGAGGGCAUUUUUACUUAGUUUUUCAGCACUAUUAGAAUCAACUAAAUAAUGUCUUUUUUUUUUUUCAAAUUCACAUUUUUUAUCUGUAAAGCCAAUAACAUACAGGAUCCAUGUUGAGCGCAUUCCAUGCCAGAACGUGCUCAACAUGGAUCCUGUAUGUUUUUGGCCUAAGACUUGCGAGCUCGAAUUUGAGGCAUCAUCUGAAACAUUUUGCGAACUUUUCCUUUUGUGUUCUUGUUUUUAGUAUUUUCCAAUAAAUCUGGAAAGGAUGAGGCUGCUGAAGAGAGCUUCUGCGCUCAUCCUGAGGAGAGGAGUUACAUUUUAUCAAAGCAGAUUUUGCCAAAAUGGUGAAUCCCUAAUAUCAAGAAUUAUAAAACACACACAAUUCACAGCAAAUCAGGGUUUUUUUUCAACCAUCUUCUUCAUCUCAGACAGCAUCUUCAGAGUUCACCCAUCUGUGGCACAGGCCCUGGCAGAAAACAAACCUGUGGUGGCACUGGAGAGUACAAUCAUCACACAUGGGAUGCCUUAUCCACACAAUUUGAGGUACUUCUUUUAAAGUCUUUUUUUAAACUCUAAAACCCCCGCCUCACCCCUCUUUUAGUCACUGAUUGUGUUUUUUUACAGCACUGCAAAGGAAGUGGAGGCCAUUGUGAGAGCCGAAGGAGCCACACCAGCCACAGUGGGGGUGAUUGAUGGUGAGGUUCAUGUUGGUCUGUCAUCAGAUGAGCUCCAUCACCUCGCCCGCUGUGAGAACUCCUUGAAGGUGUCUCGACGUGAUCUUCCCUAUGCCGUCAGCAAGGUGAGACCACAGCACCUUUAUCUCCACCUGUAGAGAAAGUGUUCAUGUCUUUUUUACUUACUUCAUGUGACAGUCUGAGGGUAUAUUCUGGAAAGUACUCCUGCAGAAAAAUAACCACCAAAUUUUGUGUUGAAUGAAAAAAUUGGGACAAAUUUUUGACUUUUAUCCUGGUGUUUCAAAAGUUUUCUUGUGUGUUUUUGUCAGGGGCUGUCUGGGGGAACAACAGUGUCCGCCACGAUGAUCGCAGCACAUCGAGCUGGUAUCCCUGUUUUUGUCACAGGAGGCAUCGGAGGAGUUCACAGAGAUGGAGAGAACAGUAAGAAAACCUUGAUCCGACGCUUUUUCCAGAUCAGGGUGUACACUGCACACUAUGCACUCCAUGUUCACACAUAUCAGCGCUGAUAAAAUUUCUCUUCACAAAAAAAGAGACAUUAGAAUUUGAUGACAAAGACAUUGAGCAGAGAGGAGGGGACAAAUGUGUCCCAGGUGAGCCAUAAUAAGACAAGUAAUUCACUUUCAGGAAGGGAGGACACCCAAGCUGCCAGGGUUUAGUUUGUUUUGAUGGUACUGCUGAAGGCAUGAUAUACAGAUUAUAUAGAGAAAGGCGUAGACUUCAUUCUACAUGACAACUCAAAGUUAUUCACUGUUCAUCUCUUGAUUAUACCUGCAGGUCUGGACAUUAGUGCAGAUCUCACAGAGCUUGGCAGGACUCCUGUCGCGGUGGUCUCUGCUGGCGUCAAAUCUAUUCUUGACAUCGGUCGCACCUUGGAGUUCCUUGUAAGAACCGUACAUCUCAAUGAAAUGUUAUCACAGUACAAUGAUAGAUUAGAUAAUAUCACUGCAUUGAUAGAACUGAUACUAUGGUACUUACAACAGUUUAGUUUUCUUCUUUUUUCCUGUUAAUUUGAAUUGAUGGAGCCUAAACAACACAACUUAUGAUUAAGUGUGGGUUAAUUAGAACAUACAAUAUGUACAGUAAAUGCACCCUCUUGUGUUGUUUUGUCCAUGCACAAAACUAAUGAAGAUUUUUUUAUGGCACGGAUAAGUAUGUGUUUGAUCAGUACUUUUAAAAUAACCAAAUACAUCUAAAGACUCACACAGGUGUUGGGCAGGUAACUAGAGGUUGUAAUGUUAUGUGUUAUUAUUUACUCACUUUUAAUAUCUUUUUAGGAGACACAGGGUGUCUGUGUGGCCACUUAUGGAGUAUCAAAAAAUUUCCCUGCCUUCUUCUCUCCUCGAAGCGGUUUCACUUCUCCGUAUCAGGUUCACAACCCUGAGGAGGCUGCAGAACUAAUCGGUAUGUCAGCAGUUUUUAUAAAAAAGUUUACAGGUUAUAAAAUUCAAAUUUAGUAGCACAGCACCUUUCAGAAUAAAGGCGCCUUAUAAAGUAAAAAUGGCAUAUUGAUACAGAGUUUGGCAAACAGAGCAGGAUAUAAGAUGGAGCUAAAUAAAGCAGAAUGAAAUCAUGUAAAAAAAUCUCAAAGAUAAAGAGUUUUAUAAAGGUGAAACCGAGAAGCGACUUAAUAGAUCAAAGUGACUUAACAUCACAAAUGCUAUGAAAGUAAAAUUACAAACCUAUGUAUGUAUUCAUGAGUGCUUAUGUGUGUUUCUGUAGAAAGCACUCUGUCCCUGGGUCUUCAGAGCGGUGUUCUGAUAGGGGUGCCGGUCCCAGAGGAGUAUGCAGCAGCCGGCCAGCAGAUAGAGGAAGCCAUACAGUCAGCAGUGACAGAGGCAAGGUAAAGAAAGUAUCUGUGGGUUGUUAUCUCCUAUGAAUCAAAUAAACUUCUCAUUUCAGCUGAAGGACUUAUCUCUUCCUCUUCUUUGGUAUUUUCUUCUUUCAGUGCUAAAGGCGUAACAGGAAAGAAUGUGACACCGUUCAUUCUUCAGAAGGUCAAUGAAAUGACAAAAGGAAAGUCCCUCCAGGCUAGUAUCCUUCUGAGAAUCUAAACCACAGAGAAAAUUAUCACUAACAUUAAAAACACUGUUAAAAUAAAGACAAAGAAAAUUGUUCGACUUGACGAGUGCAUGCAUAGUCGAGUGUAGGAGUAUCAAAGACUUGUUAAAAUUGAAUUGUCCUUGACCAUGUUUUUAGACAUUGCUCUCAUUCAUAAUAAUGCUAAAGUUGGAAGUCAGAUAGCGUGUGCGCUGUCAAAACACAGGAACAAAAGACAACAUGGAAAACACUCCUCUGACUCAGAACCAAAAAUUGUAAGUACAAACACUCAUUAAAGCACUUAUGUAGGUUUUAUAUAUUAAUGUCACAGUACUGUAUCCGCAAUGUUGUAUCUUUCACAGGUUGUCAUUGGAGGAAUAAACGUUGAUUUUAUUGCAAAAGGAAAACAUAAAACACUUGUCGUAAGUUUAAUUUAUAUCCCAUUCUUAUCUUUAAUGCUCUGCCCUUAUGUUAGAUCAUACCAUGAAGUAACUAAAUGUUUUCUCUUUCAGUUCGGACAGACAAAUGUUGGAAGUGUGUGCCAGUCGUUUGGUGGUGUAGGACGAAACAUUGCUGGUGGGUUAUUAUCAGAUUAUGUUCAUGCACAACAGAUCUAAUCAUCUCACACCUUUUUGCUGCUUCCUUGUAGAUUCACUGAGUCGAUUAGGCCAAAGGCCGCUGCUCAUUUCAGCUACUGGAGCUGAUUCCCACAGUGAUGCAGUGUUUAACUAUUGUAAACAUAUGGUAUGGAACAUGAGAUUUAUUUUUAGCUAGCAUGAUUAUUAUCUGUAUUACAUGGAUUUGAGCCGACUGUUUUUUGUUUUGGUCUGUAAGAACACUAGUGGUGUGGCCCGGAUAGAGGACCAAAGCACGGCAACAUACUGUGUUGUUAUCACAGAGAAUGGAGAAAUGGGUCUUGGACUGGGAGACAUGGACAUUCACGAGCAAAUCACUGAGCAGUUUGUAAGUUACACCGACAAAUGUAUCAUCUAGGUUUUGCCAAACGCCAGAUUUUUUAUCAUAUCAUGCCAGAUUUAGAUACGCACAUAGACCAUACUGUGCUUGUUUACAUUCUCCACAAUAGCUAUUAGAAGGCAACUCAACUUGUUACAAGUGUAUGGAAGUCUUUGAGAAAUUAACUAAACUUCUAAAUUAAUGCAGAAGUGAUUGAUUGUCCCUAUCUUAAAGUCUUCUUUGAUGUAAUAAGACACUAAUUAUCAAGUCAUUGAGUUAUUAAGAAAAAAAUAUAAUAAGGAAGGGGUUGUUUUUUAUUUGAUACAAUGCAAACAAACUCACUAUGUCACAUAUCUUGUAUUGAAGACUCCACUUCUCUGUUCUCUUCCCAAAUAUUUUUUAAACAGGUGUCCCAGUUUGAAAAGCAGCUCACUGCAGCCACUCUUGUCUGUCUUGAUGGAAAUAUCCCCGUCUCCACCAUCAACUAUGUUUGCUCCACGGCAGCCAACCACAACACCAAUAGUAAGCAAAGGAAGAGAGUUUCUAAAUGAUCACAAUCUUUCAGUGAAUGUAACACCAUAUGAUGAAAUUGUGUCACAGUUUGGUACGAGCCAACAGAUGCAGAAAAAGCCUGUAAGCCUUUCCUCUCAGACGCUUGGAAGUCUCUGUCCUAUUCAUCCCCAAACCUGGCAGAGCUGUUCACCAUGAACAAAACACUGGGCCUCCCAACACCUGAGGGUAAACUGGAAUCCCUUACAAGCAUUAAAAGGUUCACUUAUGUUCAGUCUUAUUGGUGCUGAAGAUGUGGUUUUGUCUUGUUUGGGGGGCUAGUGCUGCCAAGCUCUCCUGUUGAGGUGCUCAAUGUUGCUGUGGCUCUCUCACGCCCCCUACUGGAGCAUCUGCAUUGUCUGGUAGUGACUCUGGGGGCUAAUGGAGUGUUGGUGUGUGGAGAGCAUGAGGCAGGCUCAGUCAACCUGCAGCCAAGAAAACAGAAGAGGGUAGGAAAAUUUUAAACUGAUGAUGAUGAUGAUGAUGAUGAUGAUGAUGAUGAUGAUGAUGAUGAUGAUGAUGAUGAUGAUGAUGAUGAUGAUGAUGAUGAUUUCAACAAGUGAAGUCAAGAUGUUCACUGAUCCUGCGUUUGCAGAGGAGACAACUAUGUGCCCUUCACUAUCCAGCGCUGACCGUGACCGAAGAGGAGACAGUGAAUGUGUCGGGAGCAGGAGAUAGGUGUUAAAAUUUUACUUAACCUGCCUUCUCUUCCUUAUACUUGUUUUGAUUUUUCCUUUCUUUACAUCCUCUGCGUCAGUUUCACCCACUUUAUGAUGACCUAUUUCUCUCCCUGUCCCAGUCACAGUUUCCAUGACUCAUGUUUUAGAAAACACUUUUAAAGCUGCCUGCUCUGCUUCCAGUCUUGCAGGUGCAAUGAUGGCUGGGAUUCUUCAGCAACGAGACACUGACAGCUGUGUCAGGAUGGGUCUGCUCGCUGCACAGAUGUCCCUGGUAUCACCCCACCCCAUCGCUCCCACGCUUACUUCAGAUGCUGUAGAUCCCAACAAAGUUCAGACCCACUCGUGGCCCAAACCCAGCUUCAUGUGGAUAGAUUGAACAUGUUAGAUCAAGAUUAGAUCUGUACCUUGAUUUUUUUUCUUUAACAAAUAUGCAAAGAAAGAAGCAAAAUAAAUUGUUUUUGAGUUCAUGAUAAUCUAACCUUGUAAAUAAAGUUUAAAACAAAAAGUAA